UUCGCGACAUUUGUUCAAAAAAACUUUAUUCCUCCACACAUACACAAGAAGCGGUUUAAUUUUAUUUCUUAUUAAAAUUUAUUUGCUAUUAGAAAAACAAUUUCCAACUCUUUAAAGUUUCAAAUUAAUAAUAAAAAUUUAUAAUUUUUGUUUGCUGUGACCACAAAAAAAGAAGUGAGUGAAACAAUAUAACAAAAGACAAACAACAAUUAAAAUAGAAAAAGAGAAAAACUGCAACAAAUUUCAAAAGAAUUUUUUAUUUUAAAAUUACACAAGUAGAAAAAAGCUGCUUAUUCUUCUCCACAUCUAAAUUUACUUUUUAACUAUAUUGUCUCCAUUAACACAUCAAAAGAAAAAACAUGUCUGCCGAUGCUGUAGCUGCAAAAAAUGAGGUGGAGCAUCAUGAAGAGGAUGUACAUGAUGCCAACUAUCAGCCACCACCAGAAAAAACAAUCGAAGAAAUAAUGGCAGCCGAUCAAGAAGAUGAAAGUUUAAGACGUUACAAGGAAACUUUAUUGGGUGAAGCACAAGCAGAGAAAAUUAUUGUUGAACCCAAUGAUCCCCGUAAAGUGAUUGUUAAGAAAUUAGCAUUGGUUGUGGAAGGACGUACUGAUAUGGAAUUAGAUUUAACCGGUGAUCUAAGUCAGCUUAAAAAGCAAGUUUUUGUUAUUAAAGAAGGCGUACAGUAUAAAGUGCGCAUUGAUUUUAUUGUUCAAAGAGAAAUUGUGCACGGCCUUAAAUACGUACAAAAGACUUAUCGUUUAGGUGUCCCUGUUGAUAAAAUGACACAUAUGGUGGGCUCUUAUCCCCCCAAAAAGGAAAUCCAGUGCUAUAUCACACCCAAUGAGGAGGCACCUUCUGGUCUAAUGGCACGCGGUACUUAUUCGGUGGCAUCGCUCUUCACCGAUGACGAUAAACACAUUCACCUUAAGUGGGAUUGGACAUUUGAAAUAAAAAAGGAUUGGGAAUAAGUUAGACAGCAACAACAGCAACAACAACACAACCAUCAACACUAAAAAAAAAUGCAACAUAAACAACAAACAUAUUAACACAACAAUUAAAAUUCAAAGAAAUCAAAAGAACAAAAUCAAAUUGCAAAAUUUAUUAACCCAAAAAAAAAUUGAGUAAACUUAAGUCUUUAAAGUACCAAAUUGUAAUCUAAAUUUGAUUUUUGAAAAAUCCCUUAACCCAAAAGAAAACUGAACAAAAAGUGCUGAAAUUUAUUUGAUAAAAAAAUAUUUAACAAAAUAAAUUCUAAAUAUUGCUGAAACUAAAGCAAUAUUUAAGUUAAUAAAAUCUAGUUUCUCAAACAAGUAUUUCGUAAAAAAUUAUAAAAAAAAUAAAAACAAAAAAAUAUGUAUUAAAUUUUGUAUUAAAAUGAAACAUUUAAAUUUUUUUUUAAAUUUUUUCAUUUCUUAAAUUUUUGAGUUUGCCAAAAAAACAAGUGCUAUAUAUAUUUAUAUUUAAAACAAGAUUUCCAUUUAAUGUUUCUUUCUAUAUUAAAUAUUUUUGUAUUAUUAUUAUUUUUAUUAUUUUUUACAAUUUCUCGUAACAUGUUGUACAGUUUUGUUUGUGCUCUGCCAAAAAUAAUUCAAUGUUUCUGAAUGUUUUUCCUUACUUUUUUGGCUUCCUUCUUUUUUUAUGUAUUUCUGUUACCAUUUGUAUUUGUAUUGUUUUCUUUUCUAGUUUUCCUUAAAAAAAGUAAGAUUUUCAUAAAAAAAAACAUUUUGUGUUAAUGAAAAAUUACUUUAAUAAAGCCAGUUUAUAAUUGUAAUUUCUUCCAAAACUAAUCAUUAUAAUAAAAACAAAACAACAAAUAUUUUUGAUAAAAAAAAACAUUUAUUUUAUUUCUUUUCUUACAAAAGAUCGACUAACAUUGCCUUUAACAAACAAAUAAGAAACAAAAAUGUGAACAAAUAAUAUGUAUUAUUGUAAGAAAAUGUGUUUCAUAAAAUAAUUGAGUGUGUCAUAAAUAAAAUCCAUCAAAAAAACCUACAAAAAAAAAA